AUGAAAAAUACACGAAUUCCAUUGACCGGCCGAGCAUACAUUUCUCCAAACUGCAUAGAAAUCGGCGUAAAAGUGAAAACAUUUCACUUAGAAGGUCAUACUUGUGUAACUCUUUCCGCGGGUUUGAUUACCUUGGUCUUCACAGUUCUACUGACGCCCUAUAAGUCUCUCGGCCAGAGUUUGCAGAUGUGCGCAGACGGAGUUGCCAGUUUGACAGGACUUGCUGGUAUUGUUGAUGCGUUGAUGACGCCACGCAACAGAUUUUCCGGCUUUACCAUGGCUUUCCUUGUAUUCGACCUCGCUGCCUUUGGCCUUUCGUUUACAUCUCUAUCUGUGAUCGUCGUUCGUAUUUCCACAAACGUAGGGAUGCCACUGGAUGGUGACAAGUCUAAUUCGAAUACAGACUCUGUAAGCUAUAACUGGAUCGUGUUACUCCUUAACAUCAGUGAGGUAUUGGCAGACUUCAUCCUGGUACUGCUUAACUGCCACUUUUAUUCAACUUUGUAUCCGAGGGUGCACAGCUGUUUCCAAAUAGAGACAAUCGACGACGUAGGAAACAAUGAUGAAAUCGAGAUGCGUGACAUGGUCCAGCAGUGGGUCGCCCGACACAGCGAGAUGCCGGGUAUUCAACCGCCUUGCUUGGAACGUAUAUAUUAUCAACAAAUAAAGGACGCGAAAUAUAGCACACUCUUCAACAACAAAACAAGAUAAAUAUAAUUAAAGUAAGUACAGGCGAAAAUACUGCGGAUAUUUUUACGAAGGCACUGUGUAGAGAGAAAUUUGAAAGGUUUAGGUCAUGGAUGAAUGUAAACUAAGAGGAAUGUAAAUAAAGUAAUAAGGUUUAAAGGUUCUAUUAAGUAAUUCGACAAAUCAUGUAAAUCCGAUAAGCAGUCGUUAAGAAGCAUCUGGAAGAGUCGGUUGACAACAAGCGAGCGUGCGAGUAGGUUUACGAGGUCUUCAGAGUAUAACAUAUGUGUAUAACUGUUGUGUGUUGAAUAAAGUGAACUAUUUGAAUUUCCGAAUCCCUUCUAUAUCUUUACACUAAGUUAUUAAAUUCAUAGUUUAAUAAACAGGAUAUAUACAA